AUGGUGCGGCCGGCCGCCGCUGUGUGGUGGCUGUCUGCCGGCACCCUGUACCGGGCGCCGCUGCACACCCCCUGCCCUGACGAAGCGGAGGCCCGCUGUCGCCGACAUCUUGAGAGCAAAGCGGAUGACCCGCUAGUGGCGCAGCUGACGGAGCAGGUGGCCAAACUGCAAGAUGAUCUCAGGUUCCGGGACAUGGACCUGCGAGAGACCCGCGAGUACCUGCAGGAGGGUGGCGACGAGUUCCUGCAGCUGGAGGCGGCGCACCAGGAGGAUCUGGAGCAGCUGCUGUGUGCGUGCGGCCAGCGGGCGCUGGCCCAGCCGGCGGAGCUGUCCAUCCGGGAGGAGGAGGAAGAGGCCGCCACCGUCGAGAUGAGCUUCAACAGUCGUGUCCGCUCGCUGCGCACCAAGACGGGCGCCAUGCUGCGACAGGUGGCUAGUCCGAUGCAGGCCGGCACGCUGCAGCUGCGCGCCCAGGUGGAGACGCUGCAGGCGCAGGUGUCAGAUCUGACGCAGGCGCACGCCGCUCUCCAGCGCCAGAACCGACAGCUGGAGGAGAAGGUGGGCGAGAGCCGGGAGGAGGCGGUGCGUCAGCAGCGCGAGCUGGAGCUGGAGCGGGACCUGGCGGCCGGCGAGAGCGAGCGUCUGUUCACCACCAACCAGCAGCUCAGCACCCAGCUGACUCAGCAGGAGCGUGUUAUGGUCGACAUGACCAAGCGGUACCUGGCUGCCACCACGCCGGCCCGUGCGGCUCUCGAGAAGCGCUCGGCGCCGCCCGACCUCAACGACACGUGCGGUUUUGAAGAGGCUGAGCGUCAGCUGCUGGAGGAGCAGCGGCAGCAGGUGGCGCAGGAGCGGGAGGUCCUCGGUGCCGCCGUGGAGGAGGUCGCCGGUGCCGCCGCGGAGGAGGUCGCCGCUGCCGCUGCGGAAGAGGUCCUCGGUGCCGUCGCGGAGGAGGUCGCUGCGCCCGGCACCGAGGCGGAAUCGCCGACCUCCCAGCUGGCCGCGCUGCAGGCAGCGAACGCCCGACUGACGGCGGAGCUGCAGUCGGCCGGCGAGCGGCUGACGGCCGAGACGACCCGGGCGUCGGAGGAGCGCGACCAUCUGGCUGCCGAGCUCCGGACGGCCGCCGAGCGCCUGACCGCCGAGACGGCCGGCCAGGCCGAGCUGCGGGCAGCGAGCGAGCGAGUCGCGGCCCAGCUUCAGGCGGCAGACGAACAGCUGGCGGCCAAGACGGCUGAGUCGGUCGAGCUGCAGGCGGCCAACGAGCGGCUGACGGCUGAGCUGCGCUCGCUCACUGAGCGUCUCGCCGCCCAGACGGCUGAGGUCGCUGAGCUGCAGGCGGCCAGCGAGCGGCUGGUCACGGCAGAGGCCCACUCAGCCCAGGUUACAGAGACCAGCGAGCGGCUUUCGGCCGAGCUGGCCGAACUGCGCACCGACCGGGACCGGCUGGCUGUCGACCUGGCCGCACUGCAGCAGCAGGCGGAGCAGCACACGGUCGAGCUGGCCGAGCGAGAGUCGGCCGCCGCCGCCGAGCGGGCUGCCGCCGACACGCGUCUGCAGGAGCUGCAGCGGCGCGCUGCUCAGAGCCGCGAGAGACUCGACGAACAGCUGGCCGCCGUCAUGGAGGAGCGUGACGAGUUCAAGUGCCGCGCCGAUGUGGCCGCACGCCAGCUGGAGGAGCGCGAGGAGGAGCGCGACGAUGAGGCGGCCGCCGGCGCUGCUGGCGUGGCCGCUCGCCUGGCCGAGGCGCAGCGCGAGCUGGAGCACCUGCAGCGCGAGUACAAGCGCGCGCUGCACGACAAGAAGGAGGCGGAGGCGGACGCAGCCGUCUGCGAGCGGGAGAUGAAGCAGAUGCGCGCGCAGCUGCAGCAGGGCCACCAGAGCGACGUCCAGCUGGUGGAGCGGCUGCGCGCGCGCGACACCGAGGUGGAGGUGCUGCAGGCGCGCGUGGCAGCGCUCACGCGCGAGGACGAGGCGUUCGGCAUCCUGAAGGCCGAACUGGAGGCUAAGAAGGAGGAGCUCAGACAAUGCAAUGUGACCGACCUCCGAGCCCAGCUAGAGCGGUCCGAUGCGGAGACCAGUCACCUUAGGGAUGAACUGGAAAGGCGCUCCAACGAACUGCUCAAGCUCAACAUACAAAUCGACAUGCUCAAAGGAAAGCUGACGGAAAAGGACGAGGACUUGCAGAAGGUGCGCGACGAGCGCUGCCGGCUGAUGCAGAUGUCCGAGCAGAACAUGCGGCGCAAGAACGACGAGCUGAACCGCGAGCGCCACGAGAGCUCGCACCUGCGCGACAUGAUGGCGCGUCUCACGCCCAAGUCGUCCUCGACGCUGAAGGCGGAGCUGGACGUCGCCAGGGCCGAGAGUCGACGCAAGAACGACCGGAUCGAGCAGCUGGAGGCGCGCCUGCGCUCCUGCCGCGACGACAUGGCCUCGCUGACCGCCUCCACGCCCACGCCCACGCCCACGCCGCGUCGCGCCGUCCCCCGCGCGCCCUCCGUCGACAUCGUGGCUGAGGUGACCGGCACGGACGGCGAUGAGGCCGAGGUGACGCCGAUGGUCCUGCCGAGCCGACCUCGCUCCGGCCGGCGCACGGGCCAGGACGCCGACCAGACUGGCGACGACGAGCCGCCGGCCUCCCAGCGGCGCACGCGCCGCACCACCAGGGCGGCGGUCCACUUCACCGACGAGAACGACGAUCCGGACGCGUCCGACGCCGGCUCGUCGGUGUCUCGCAGCAGUCGGUCGCGGGCGCCGCUGGACGCCAUCACCGAGACGCAGCCGACGACGCCAGCCGACCAGGCGCCGCCGGCCCGGCCCGCCAAGUCCACCACCACCAAGCGCAAGCUGUUCAAGCGCUGCUCCGACCAGAUGCUGCAGUGCUCGCCGGUGGAGAUCGCCGAGAAGCACGUGUCGCCCCGGAAGGUGGUGACGCGCAGCCUGCGCUCCCGCAAGAAGUGA